AUGGUACUCGAUUGCGCCAAUCGAGCCCUGGGUGUGCCAUCCUCUUGGGCCGACCAGAGAUGGUCCCCCGCAGCAGUUCACUCACGCGACCUGGUUGCUUUGCUUCGCCUCCUCGUUGCUUUGGCGCGUAGAUUUGCACCUGCUAUCCGUCUGCCCAAAGGUGUCCAUCUGACAGUGUUAAUUGUUCGCAAACUGAAUGGCAUGUUACAGCACCGACGUCAAGCAGAGCCCAUCACUGAGAAACUCGAUGAAUCUGAUGCUGACUCUGAGCGAGAUGCAAUCAGUGCUCUCGUAGAUUGUGCAGUUCCAGAGAAACUAAUUGCUUUUCAGGAGACCCUACUUGGCUUUGUAAAUCGUCACUUGGCCAAAUUGAAUCUUCAAGUCACUAACCUCGAAACGCAGGUUGGUAUAUAA